AUCUCUACACUUUAUAGUAUAUUUUUUUUUCUCCUAAAAAAAAGGAGAAAUUUAAAAAGCAGAGCCACCAAAUGGCAGAAGACCAAACCACCACCACCACCACCACCACCGCCGCUGCCAUGAAACGAGUGUAUCUAAUCAUCAACUGCAUCAUCCUCGCCGUGGGCAACUGCGGCGGCCCCCUCAUCAUGCGCCUCUACUUCGUCCGCGGCGGCAAGCGCAUCUGGUUCUCCAGCUGGCUCGAGACCGGCGGCUGGCCCGUCAUCCUCCUCCCCCUCCUCGUGUCCUACACGCGCCGCCGCAGAUCCGGCGAUCAAACCCUCUUCCUGAUGCGGCCGCGCGUGUUCGUGGCGGCGGCGGCGAUCGGCGCGGCGACGGGGCUGGACGACUACAUGUACGCGUACGGCGUGGCGCGGCUCCCCGUGUCGACGUCGGCGCUGAUCAUCGCCACGCAGCUGGCGUUCACGGCGGCGUUCGCGUUCGUGCUGGUGAGGCAGCGCUUCACGGCCUUCUCCGUGAACGCCGUGGUGCUGCUCACGCUCGGGGCGGUGGUGCUCGGGCUCCACACGGACGGGGACCGCCCCGAGGGGGAGUCGAAUCGGGAGUAUCUGCUGGGGUUUUUCCUGACGCUGAUCGCGGCGGCGCUGUACGGGCUGAUUCUGCCUCUGGUUGAGCUGAUGUACAAGCGGGCGAAGCAGGCGGUGACGUACACCCUUGUGAUGGAGAUUCAGUUAGUUAUGUGUUUCUUUGCCACCGUGUUCUGUACCGUUGGAAUGGUCGUCAACAAUGAUUUCCAGGCAAUCUCAAGAGAAGCGAAAGAAUUUGAACUUGGAGAGACAAGAUACUACGUUGUUGUAGUUUGCAGUGCCAUAAUUUGGCAAUGCUUUUUCUUGGGUGCAAUCGGAGUCAUCUAUUACUCAUCAUCCCUUUUAUCAGGCAUUGUCAUCACUGUUUUGCUUCCCAUCACUGAAAUAUUAGCUGUUAUUUUCUAUCAUGAGAAAUUUCAAGCUGAAAAGGGUAUCUCUCUCUUCCUCUCUAUUUGGGGUUUUAUCUCCUAUUUCUAUGGUGAUAUCAAACACAACAAGGACACCAAUACGAACACGAACAAAAACGACGUCGGCAAUGUUAAUAACAAUGGGCUGACUGCAGAAACACAAUUGGCGGAUCAAACUUCUAUACCUUGAUCGACCACUUCUUUUUCUUGAUUACAAUAAUAUAUAUAUUCAUGUAUGGGUCUGCACUCUUUUUUCUAUGUUGCUUUUUUUUUUUUCUUUCUUGUAAUAUACAGAUUAUUAACUGGGCCUUUAAGGUCAAAUAUUGUAGAUCUCUCACAAUUGGAAAAUUAAAUAGUGUUUGAUUA